UAUUACAUUGAAAUAGUUGCCAAGUUCCCCUUUAACACAAAGGUAAAGAUGUCAUGUUAUUAAAGACGCACAAAUGUGUUUGUUAAUGGAGCAAGAGCCAGGGAGACCCAGAAAGCAUAAAGACUGUUUUAAAUUAAUCUGGUAUGAUUCCUGGAAGUCGCACUUGCAUGUGAAGUGUUAAGAGCCCGUUCAUGGCAUUGUUUACACCGGCGCUUGAGCUCUCCCCUCCCCCCGCUCCUGCAGCUCGACUCUCCUCCAUCCCCCUCCCCCUCCUAGCGUUGCUGCACUCGGUGAUUUCACCAGCUGAUUUCGGGAGAGGGGGAAACAGUCUAGGAAACGGCAGUUGAAGAAACACGAGGAACGCAAUGGAAUAACAGCACGACUUAAGUUUUCAUCAAGUGCACUUUUUAUUCGGCUUUCAUAUCGUUAACAAGGCGAGCUAGCUAUGAAAUUAGUGGCAAGGUAGCCUGCGAGCUAGCGUUAAAGCUAGCCAACUUUAUGCACCAGGUUAGCCUGUGCAGCUAGCUCGCCAUCGUGUUCUGUUUUUUUUAACGGACUUUGCUUUCAUCGCAUGUGUUUCCGACUUUUUUAAGGGAACAUUGGAUCUGUGGUCGUGUGCGUUAGUGCGUCCGGGCAGCGCUAUGUAUGAAGCUGGGAAUACAGGUCACUUAGCCGGUACACAUUAGUAGGCAGUGCAGCAGUUGGGAAGCUAACGCUAAGUCAUUUUCUCCAUUUCUUUGACCAGUAUUUCGAAAAGAGCUAAUGUAACUUCAUCAUAGACGUGCACUGCAUUUAAGUUUACACAAUUUGUUGUUUGUUUAUGGAAUAGCUACCCAGAGCGUUUGCAAUUGAACGCAAGACUAUCCAAUGUUUAUGAAAUACCACUGGAACGGUCAGACAAAGAUUUUAGUUGCCAGUCGUAAAGGGCUCGGGAGGCUAGCCGGCUAAUGUGUCCGCUAACGUUAAGGAUUUCUUCACAUCAAAUACGUGCUGUUGUUGUGGUCGACAUUUUUCCAGGUUGGUAUCGUCUUUCCAACCUAGAUUUGCUUGCUAAAUUCCUGAGACUAAUCUCACUCAGUAAGGGUUAAUGCUAGCGUGAACUGAUCCCAGAGUAGCUUGUGUUGAUGGUUGAUUGGAUGCCAUGACGGGUGAAAUUAACGUUAGUCACAGUGCCGUGCUGCGAACUGGGUCAUUCUCCUCUUCAGCCUGAUGCCCUUUACAUUUAGGAAGUGGUUUGAGACGAACUAUCUCCACAUUAGCCCCACCGGAGGCCACUGUUAGUUUCUGCCGGUGAAGUGGCGUAAACGUUACCGGCGACUUUAGACUUGUUGAUGGCUCCUCCGUACCUCUCUGCUCCUUCUGGAUGAAGCCAGACAUUUGACUUGUCAUCUUCCACCGGGCGCCGGCGUGCAGUAGAAGGCGUCGACUCAUGUUUACACUGCGUGUCACUUUCUAAAAGGCCUAAAUAACUCUGGAUCGAGCGCUGAUAAUAUUGAUGGGAGGUCUUUUCUGAGUCUAACCGAGUCCCACGAGCGGCCCCGACGAGAUCAGCCGGGGAAUGGCAUUCCAUGGCACGGGCCGGCAGGCGGUGUGCGGUAACUUGUUCCCCGGAUCGGAGAUAGGCCACAAAUACUUCUGCGUCAGCACCUCCGCGCCCGGUACCACAUCGACAGGCCAGUCCGCCUCCACCACCGCCAGCGGUCCUAUUGCCCCCGCCGGCACGCCCCGACACCCGGCUUCCCUCAUCGGCAGCACCGGGGGAGGAGCCGCCGUCCCCCAGCCGCACAGCAACCCCGCCAGCGAGGUGCCCAGUGCUGCCGAGAUGGAGCCCGACCGACCCAUCGGCUACGGGGCCUUCGGCGUGGUCUGGUCCGUGACGGACCCUCGAGAUGGGCGUAAAGUGGCGUUAAAGAAGAUGCCGAAUGUCUUCCAGAACCUGGUGUCCUGCAAGCGUGUCUUCAGGGAGCUGCGCAUGCUCUGCUUCUUCAAACAUGACAAUGUGUUGUCAGCGCUGGACAUCCUCCAGCCUCCACAGAUCGACUGCUUUGAAGAAAUAUAUGUCAUCACUGAGCUGAUGCAGAGUGACCUUCAUAAGGUGAUCGUGUCACCACAGGCCCUCACUACUGACCACAUCAAGGUGUUCCUCUACCAGAUACUCAGAGGGCUGAAGUAUCUGCACUCUGCAGGGAUUCUACACAGAGACAUCAAACCAGGAAACCUGCUAGUCAACAGCAACUGCCUGCUCAAGAUCUGUGACUUCGGCUUGGCCCGUGUGGAGGAGCCGGACCCUUCACGGCACAUGACGCAGGAGGUGGUGACGCAGUACUACCGGGCCCCAGAGGUGCUCAUGGGUAGUCGGCACUACGGUCCCGCCAUCGACGUCUGGUCUGUGGGCUGCAUCUUCGCUGAGCUGCUGGGGAGACGCAUCUUAUUUCAGGCACAAAGUCCCAUUCAACAGUUGGACCUCAUCACUGACCUGCUGGGGACUCCGCCCCUUUCUGCCAUGGCAACAGCCUGUGAGGGAGCCAGGGCUCACAUCCUGAGAGGACCUCACAAACCGCCCUCUCUCUCAGUGCUGUAUAUGCUGUCGGAUGCUGCUACCCAUGAGGCCGUUCACCUGCUGUGCCGAAUGCUUGUUUUUGACCCGGCGAAGCGUAUCUCUGGCAGUGACGCUCUGUCGCACCCCUACCUAGACGAGGGGCGUCUGCGCUACCACACCUGCAUGUGCCAGUGCUGCUACUCGCUGCCCAGUGGCCGAGUUUACACACGUGACUUCGAGCCGCCCGCCGCACGAGCAUUCAGCCACAGCUAUGAGGAGAGCAUGCUGUCAGUGUGGCAGGGGAAAGAGCUCAUCCAUCGUUUCAUCACUGAGCACCAACAGGGGAAAAGAGUUCCACUGUGUAUCAACCCCCAGAGCGCCGCCUUCAAGACCUUCAUAAGGUCUACUGCGUGGCAUUCCUCUAAGGUGUCCAGAAAGGAGGAGAGAUGAAGGACGGCACAAGCUGGUGGACUUAUGGGAGAUGGAUUUUAGCAUAGCCUGGAGAGUUGAUUAAUGGGAAAUGGAGUUUAUCAUAGCCUGAAGAUUGGACUUUUGGGACAUGAAGAGUUGACUUCUGGGAGACGGAGUUUUAUGAAAAGACGAGUGGGCUUAUUUAUCAUGUACAGAACUGAAGAUGUGUGAUGGGAAAUGUCCGGUCGGUUAGUCUCUCACUCACUCUGACACACACGCACACACACAAUCACACUCACUCACACACACCAAACUCAAGUGUGAUAACUUGUGAUAUGCUAGGAUGUAGAUUUGUGCACAAUACUUAUCUGAACAUACAUGCUCACUUUCAGAUACACACACACACACACACACUCUCACACUCUCUCGUUCUCACUUGAUCUCUUUGACACAUAUCCCCACACCUAUGUGUGUGCGCGUAUGUGUGUGUGUGUGUGUGCGCGUGUGUGUGUGUGCGCGCGUGCGCGUAUGUGUGUGUGUGCGUGCUUGCAGGUGAGUGGGAGAGACAAAGAAUAUGUAUAUUUUAUACAAAACCCAUUUUUUUAAUUAUUAUUAUUUACUUAGUCUAUUCAGUUUUAGCAGUUGGAGCUCGUGUGUGUGUGUGUGUGUGUGUGUGUGUGUGUGUGUGUGUGAAUUUUGUCUACCUCGUGGGAUCAUUCCUUAUGUAUCUUAUGUUAGGGUUGUGGACUUGCCUCAGUUACCUCAGAAACACAAUCAAUGACUCUCUGUCUAUGUCUCUCUCACACACACACACACACACACACACACACACACACCCCACCCCACCAUUAUCAAACGUACUGUAUUCUGUUAAGUGAUGACUUCACUUGGUGUGUUUGUCUGCUGGUCUCCACGGAGACGGAGAGCGGCCUGAGCCGCGCCGAAGAGUUGUGGCGGCCGACGCGGAGUGCCGUGGGAGAGGACCAUGCAGAGAGCAGGCCACGCUGAGCACGAGGGCACACCGGCUCUGGGCUGGAGCUGGGCCGACGCUGCUAAACAAGGCCAGGAAGCUGCUGCUGUCUCCGCUCGUUGGUGAUUUCUCCCAGUGUCCACUCCAUGCUGCGGAGGGACCCAGCUGUGUGGGCCAACACUCGGGAGACUGGACUUCCUGAGGCCUGAGGCGCAGUACUCACUACCUCCUGCAGAGGGAGCUGUGGAGCAGCCGUUAGGCAGCAGCUGCACUGUUGUGUGAUAUCCAGCAACAGAAAGAAUGUUUUGGGGGCUUCUAAUGCAGUGGUUUAGGAUUUAUAUAAUUCUUGACAUUUUGUUCAUGUUUAUAACGUUAUUUAAUAUGAUUUAAGAGGUCAUUAUGAUUUUAUCACAUUAAUGUCAUCUGGUUUAUGUGGAUUCUUUUUUUUAGGAUUUUAUGUCAGUAUGGUGAACUAUCUACCCGUUGAUUUUGAUGCGUUAGCUGUUAUUGUGUUGUUUUGGAUUUUGUAUGAUUUGGGCUCACUCUUGUUGUGUUAGUAGGGGUUUAGCCAACUGCCUGCGGAGUUGGCCAAUCUUCCAGCUUAGGAUCACCAGUGUGGAGGACCAGAGAAACUCGCUGCAGAAAUAGCUUUAGACCAGGAACAUAGAAAUUAGACAUUUUGUAGUUUUAAAGAGUGGGUAUGUGCUAUAAGUAUAAUUGAGACGUGAUUGAACACCGCCAUUUUAACCCCAUCAUUAGCAUAUGUGGUUUCUUUUUGUCUUUAAAGUAAAAAAAAAAAGUUGUUGGCUUGUGUUCCCCUAAAUACUUGAAUUUCGUAAGAAACAAAUGAAUCUGAAUGGAGUAGCCUAAAUAAAGGGAGACACUGGA